AUGCAUCUCGAAGAACUCACAGACCAGCUCAUGAAUGCCGCGAGCCUCAAAGAGCAGUCGUCGACACAAAAUGAGGCCGCAGGCCCGACAGCUGACACACCCGAGGCCACCAAGCCCGCACUGCCGCCCGCCAUGGCCGCCCUCAGCGGCAAGACCACAGAGGAGAUCCUGGCCGACCUGAACAAGUCGCCGCUCUUCAUGACGGAGCUGGAGGAGAACGACGACAUUGCGGCGCUGCAGGCGCUCGACUACGAGGGCUCCGCGCUCGAGAACAGCGCCGACUUCAAGGAACGCGGCAACGAGUGCUUCAAGGUGCGCGGCUACAUCGACGCCCGCGAGUUCUACGCCAAGGGCGUCGCGGUGCUCGCGGCCGAGGAGCGCAAGCGCGCGGCCGGCGAGGUGACCAAGAACCCCGAGGGCGUCGUCGACUCGGCCGACGAGAUUGCUGCGCAGCGCGCCAUGCUCGCGUCCCUGCACAGCAACCGCGCCGCCUGCAACCUGGAGCUGGACAACUACCGCGCCGCGUGGCUGGACUGCACGGCGGCGCUGCGCCUCGACCCGCGCAGCGUCAAGGCCUACUACCGCGCCGCGCGGGCCCUGCUCAAGGUCGACCGCGUCGGCGAGGCCGACGACAUGUGCACGCGCGGCCUCGCCUUUGACGCGGACAACAAGGCGCUGCGCGCCGUCGCCGGCGACAUUGCCAAGCGCGCGCAGCAGCUGGACGCCAGGCGGCAGCGCGACGAGGAGCGCCGCGCGACGGCGCAGCGCCGCGCGAGGCUCCUCAAGGCGGCGCUUGCCGCGCGCGGCAUCCCCACGCGGUCGACGGACAAGCCGCCCGAGAUGGAGGACGCGCGCGUGCAGCUGGUGCCGGACCCGGACGACCCGCGCAGCCGCCUGGCGUUUCCGGCGCUGCUGCUGUACCCGGUGCACUUUGAGACGGACUUUGUCAAGUCGUUUGAGGAGACGCACUCGCUUGAGGACCACCUCGACUACAUCUUCCCGCUGCCGUGGGACAAGGACGGCGUCUACCGCGUGCCAAACGUGUCGUGCUACGUUGAGACCAAGGACGGCGGGCUGCUCAAGAUGGGCAAGAAGGCGUCUUUGCUCAAGGUGUUGAGCACGGGCAAGGUCGAGGUCGUGGACCAGGUGGUGCGCAUCUUUGUCCUGCCGACGGACAGGGCGGACGAGUGGAUCGUCAAGUUCAAGGAGCAAAAGGCGAGGGAAAAGGGCAGGCCGUAG